AUGAAGUUUCUCCCUCUUCCUGAGAUCGAGGAUGUUACGAGUUCGCUGAACUUCGACACUGCCGACUGCCAUAUCCUUGGAGGUUGCGAUCUGUACACCACGAAGGCUGCUCGCGCCGAUCGCAAAUUGUACAAAAACAUCGAGCAAUCACUAGAAGCGCAAUACGAGUCGGUUCUGCGCCUGUCGGCAUCGUUAUCGCCUCCUAACGCGUCGGAUGCUGCUGCGUCACUCAACCUGUCCCGCUCUAGCCCGUUCGGCCCCCUGAGUGAGCAUUCGAGCCGCCGGACGUUUGCCUAUCUGAUCGCCACACUAAAUGCGAGCCACCCGGAUUAUGACUUCUCUCACGUCUUGCGCCCGUCCGAUUUCCAUCGCGAGCGGAAUUUGAAGAGGGUGAUGAACACGAUCGAUACCACGCUAUUCAACCUGCGGCCUCGCGAAGCAAUCGAUCUCACGCCACCAUCGCCGGUCACGAUAUCCGGCUCAUACAAUGCCGGGGCAUCGUCUACGUGGGGACCGAGACUCUGGAAGAUUAUCGACUCGCAGAUGUCGCUGAAGGAAUGCUCCCUUUAUUCGUACUCGCCCGAGGAAGAUCCGUCCGAUGCCGACGAUGGUGCUAUCUGGAGCCUUCACUAUUUCUUCUUCAACCGACUGCGCAAACGCGUUUGCUACAUCUAUCUGCGAGCUAUCCCCAUUCUGAGCCAUACGCCCAGUGAGGGCGUCGCUUCAACACCGACCAAGAGAACGUUCGACGAUGGUUACUUGACACCCGAACUGGGGUCCAGCAAACGCGCCCGAUACUGGCUGGGCGACCGAGCCGACCUCGAGGAACAGGAGAGUGAGAGUGACGAGGGUGAUAGCACACUCCAGCCUAGUCGACCGGUCGUCGACGAAUAUGACAAUUAUUUGCUCAGCGACGAAGAGUUCCGGUCUCGCUCUGGUAGCAAGGGGACUGUCCGCGCCAUGAGCGAGGAAAUCGCCGACGCCAUGGAGGUUUAA